AUGUUGAGAAGAGUUCUCGUUGCACUGAUGCUUUCUGUGUUUCUCGAUUUGGUGCUGUCACAGUGCACCGAGAAGUACACUCCUUGGUUACUGAGGGGAACAUGCACUGACACAUGCGGUGGAUAUGGACAACAGAAAAUGGUUAGAUUGUGUGCAACGGGAUGCACAUGCACUGGCGAUCUUGUGCAAUACGUUCAGUGUGGCGAUACGCUGUGCGCAUUUCCGCGAGCCACAUGUAACACGAUUAGCUCAAUGAAAAAGGUGUUGGUCGGCGCCACAUGGGUUUGCGGAUUUCAAAAGGGACAA